GAGCUGUUGGGUAGAAUGGAGUUCCGGCAUAACAUUACUCAAUUUUUCUUGCAGACAGCUACUUGCUAUCUUUACUGCCUAGAUAUGGUGCUACCAUCUUUUACUACCUACCUACUGUAAGUGGGCGGCGUGCACACUUGUCUUUCCACCUCUUGCUGUCCGCCAACUUCUUCUCUUCACCCACUUCAUGCUCUCUCUCAAACUUUCAUCAUAUUUCACUUGGCUCCCCACGAAUGAACUCAAUUACCCUGUAGUCGCGCGAUUCGCACAAUUGCACAAUUCGCAAAACGCAAGUCUCGCCCCUCCCGUCUAGUGAUUCGCAAAACUCUCGGACGCCAACUCGAAUGAAUUGCAUUUGCAUUAUUGGCCUACGGUAACCCUUCAGCUCGUCUUUCAUAACUGCAGCCCAGUAACCAAACACGGGAUCUCGAAUUGCAUCGAAUAGUGGCCACUCCUCCCUCAGAUCCUAUUCAGUUACUCUGACCUAAGCCGUGAAUCAGCACACUGAAGAGUGGAAAGCCUGUUGACCAAAAUUCCCCGCAACGUCACACCCUCUGGAUUGCAAUUAGCUCCUGUACUCAUUCCCGGUAGUCCUGUCCUCAUUCCCAUACCCAAAUUUAGAGUCCCGAAAGAUAGAGAUUGAUUCUCACAGCGCGCAAUUCUUAGCAUCGCCACCCCAGACCUUCCUUGGUUCGGGCUUUUAGGAUUUGGCCGGAUCUCAACUCGCACAAGCGAACGAUUGACGUGCUGAGACGUAUUGCAUUAUUGUUCAUAAAUCUUAAAUCGAUUGGGUUUCUAGCUGCGGAUUAUAUUCAGAAAAAAGUGGGCGACCAAACUUAAUAUUUGCGGACAGAGCUUUUGAAAACAAGACCCUCUGGAACAGUGGUUCAUGUCGAAAAGGUUCUUUGGACAUAACACCACCCCUUCCACUUCCGACACUGGCAGGAAUCUCACUAGCUUUAGCCGCAGAGCAGAGGAACAAAAAGACCAGGUUUCAAGGUUGUAUGAGCUUGGACUACUCAGCGACUCGGAUAAAAGAUCCAGGAGACGAGAGAGAGACAAGGUCAAGGAUUUGACCAGUGGAGCCCGCGUUGCAGGAUCCCAUCCCAAAAAGGAUAAUCGAAAAGUUCUUGAACAUACUCGUGGGAUUUCCGAUACCUCGUUCUCUUCGGUCUCCCCUCUAGCCAGUAAGGCGAAUCGUGAUUUCAAACAACGAGCUGGUGGUGGCAUGUCAGGAAUGUUGGACACGGAUAGAACUCGUACUAGGAGGGAGAGGACGUUUGUUGGAAGUGAAUGUUCUGUGUGUGAAGAGCCAUUGGAACACACACUUCGAGGGGAGCGAAUACUACAAUUUUCCUGCGGCCAUGUCUCACAUGAGGCAUGUUUCUACGAAUACAUCAAGGAAAGCGACGCUCAAUAUUGCCCAACUUGCAAUGCGCCCUUAGGUCUGGAUACGAGUCGAGGAGGCAAUGUUCUUGACAUUGAGAAGCUAAGUAGUAUUGUGCGUUCAGUUUCGGCCAGCGACCAGUCCGCGAGGUCAACACCCACGCCCUCGAAUUGGGAAUCCCAAACCGUACGACCGCCCAGUCGCGAAUCCAAUGCUCGAACUACAAGAACAAGAGCGAACAGCCAGGAUACCUAUAUCAGAGACAAUAGCAGAGAUAAUGGUAGCAACAGAGAUAGCAGGGACAGUCGAGAGCGCAUGGAUAGACAUGCACAGCCUUCGAGAAUCUCGCACCAAAGAAACGAUAGCGAAAAUGCUCCAUCAUCUGUUGGGUAUCCAGAGACCGCCACAAGCGGCCCACAUCGCCGCCAUGACUACGAUGUGCAAGCGAUGGAAUCGAAUCUUAUCAGCCCUCGAGCAAGUGUUACAAGAAAUCCCAUACCAGCUCCAGUUGUCAGCAUCCGCUCAGAGUUCCCAACUUUGAACAGGUCCAGACAGCAACAAACUUUGACCUGUCUUAUCACAAUCGAGGUUCCUGACAACAAAUGGCGACCCGACCCAGAUGAUAUUCGAGGUGCCCCUCCACUACCAAAUAUUCGACCUGAAGAUACCUAUGCUCGACCCCCAUCUCCCGCCCAAAGCGCACCACGUUUCUACCCAUAUGAAUCUCCAGAGGUCUUGGACGAAAUCACUGAAGGUUUGAGGACUCGGGUUGAGAACUGGCAUGGUCUAGAUUUCAAUAGAUUUGGAAAACUACGAUUGUAUGGAACUAUUAGAGUUGGAAAGGACAGGCAAUCUUGGCAGGAACUGGAAUGUUUCUUGUUCGCAGAAAUGCUUAUCUGCGUCAAGGAAAAGAAGAUUUCAUCAUCACAGCCUUGGGAUGAAUCCAACGGCGCUCGCAAAAGUACCCGAUGCACCCUCAAAGGUUCAAUAUUAAUCAAAAAGCACUUAAACGAGGUGACUGAAUCAGGAUCUGGUAAUUCUCUUGGACAAACCGAAAAAAUCACCGCAGCUAACUUACGCCCAACUGAAGAUAACAACAUAUUGACCUUGAGUCUCUCAGUGGCAGAACUCCCAUCAUUUCAUCUCAAAUUCGACAAUCGCAAUCAGCUAAAGUUGUGGCAACAGGCAUUAUUGGAUUUGAACGCCAUUGAGGGAUCUCCCGCACGCAGUCCAGAUUACGAUCUCUCCGAGCCAGAAGAAGAAGAAUGGAAUCGCGAUUCUACAGGAAUCCAACGAGCGUCGGUGACUUCCUCGGCGUAUGGACCCAGAUCUGCGACCACCGCACCGAUAGAUUACGCAAAUGCUCCUAGAGGUCUACGGUUACCACCGGCAAUACACGUUCCUGUUGAUAUUGUAGUUGUCAUUCCAAUAUCUUCUUCGAUGCAAGGUGUCAAAAUCACUCUUGUCAGAGAUGCGUUGAAAUUUAUGGUCUCAAACCUGGGAGAUCGUGAUCGUAUGGGUUUGGUCACAUUUGGUUCCAGUGGCGGUGCAGCACCGCUUGUAGGAAUGACUAGUAAAACAUGGAAUGGAUGGCAGCAAAUUCUGGCUUCGAUCAGACCGGUUGGACAGAAGAGUCAUCGAGCCGAUGUUGUGGAGGGUGCCAAUGUGGCAAUGGAUCUUCUUAUGCAACGGAGGUCAAACAAUCCAAUUGCUACAAUUCUUUUGAUUAGUGAUUCAUCCACAUCUGAUACAGAGAGCGUGGAUUUUGUGGUAUCAAGAGCUGAAGCGGCGAAGAUUGCUGUUCACUCUUUCGGACUCGGUAUGACACACAAGCCAGACACCAUGAUAGAAUUAUCAACACGAACCAAAGCUUCUUACACAUACGUCAAAGACUGGAUGAUGUUGCGAGAAUGUCUUGCAGGUUGUCUUGGAGCCCUGCAGACAAUGUCACAUCAAAAUGUGAAAUUAAAGCUUAGACUUCCUGAGGGAUCGCCAGCUAAAUUUGUCAAGAUCAGUGGGGCUUUACAGAUCACUAAGCGUGCAACUGGUAAAGACGCCGAGGCUUCUUUGGGGGAUUUGAGAUUUGGCGAUAAGAGGGAUAUUCUAGUGCAGCUAGUUAUUGCUCCCGAUAAUGCUUCGCAAGAGCAACUCGCUCAAGACCCAUGGGACUCUAUAGUUUCUGGUCUUGAAGCUCUUGGUGGGUCACUUGAUCAAGAAGAUCAAAGAGUUGUAUCAAUAGAGGAAGUUCCUCUGAUCCAAGCUGAUCUCACCUGGGGAGAUAUCCUCAGAGAUGGCACACUUACUCACUUACCCCGCCCUUCACUCUUAGCAAUCACGAUGCUUCCUGCACCAACAAAUCAGAAGAAGCACACGACGUGGAACAGUGCACCACCCAUUCCACCCCACCCAAGCGUCGUUCAACGACGCAUGGAACUUCUUACCUCCGACAUGCUCACACGGGCUCUCACAUUGGUUUCUCGCGGCCAGCACGAUCGCGCACAGCAUCUUCUAAGCGAGACACGAUCCAUUCUGAAAGGAUUGGGAAAAGGUGGACUCCCACCUAUUCCCCCUCCACCUUCCAAAUCUCCCAAUCGCAAUCUCUCAUCCCGCACGGGUUCUUCGUCGCCCACGAACCGUACCCCAGAUCGACGCCGUACCCCUUCUCCCACAUCUGCUACAACGAUGACCUCGAACCACACUCUCGGCGCGAUUCCCCGACAUCGAUCGAAUGAUGCGCUUUCGGCAAUUGUUACAGCACCAGGCAUUGAUCUCAACACCGUUGCGGCUCUGGAUGCGGAGUUGGAGGCGAGUCUCGAAUGGAUUAAUCAUCCUGCUGUGUUUGGUAGGGAUAGCAGAAAAGCCGUCCUGCAAGCUAUUGGAGUGAUCAGCAGCCAGCGCGGAUAUACGUUCCGAACCACGGUGGAAAGUCUCUGGGCAGGACGCGUGAGCGGGAUCAAGAGAAUGACGGAUCGGAGUCGGGAAUGGAGAGAGGAAGGAGGUGGUGAGGUGGGGAUUAUGGAAGAGAGUUAAUUCUUCGUCUACUCUGCAUUUACUUGCAUUCUUCUACUCUCUCACACACUCCAUCUUUUCAUUUAAAUGAUACCUCAUAGUUGUUUUCUUACGACUGUCUGUUUUUUUUUUUUUUUUUUUUUUUUUUCACAUUUCAUGAUCGAUUCUUCACGAGAUGGACAUUUCAUUAUUUAUUGUACCAUAUUUUCAGCGCGAGGUUAGCGCAUUUUGAGCACGGCGGAAUCGUUUUUCUGGUUACUAUAACACACAUACCCCUUUUGUUAUCCAUGGAUAUAUUUUUUUCUCUUUAUUUCAUUUCUUCACGACUCGAAUCUUUGUCCUUCGGUCGUUAUUCUCUUUUUCUCCCCCUCUCCCUUCAAGGGGCUGUGGAGAGGAUUUGGUGGUGUUAGGAUAUGGAUUGGGAAAAAAAAUUGGAUUAUAGGAGGAAUUCUUCGGGGCUUGAGAUGAUCCGAUUUUUUCUUUUCUUUUAUAUGAUGUGAUGAUGAUGGAUGAGAGGAUUUUGUUUUAUAGUUGCUUUUGGGGGUGGUAGGGUAGGGUAGGAUGGGAAUUUUGGAGUGGAUGGAGAUGGGUUGGUUGGGGAGUGCGUGGUACGUGUAUGCCAUGAGAUGGAUGGAAUGGAAUGACGUGAUAGGAUGGGAUGGGAGAUAGAUAAUGAAGAAAUGGAGAGAGAUAUCUUUUAUUGCCCA